GGAGAAAAGGAAAGUUUCGAAUGGCAAGCAAGCAGUCGUUGGUUGAUCAAAGCUCAUCGUCCGGAGGGAAAACCUGCAGCCCUUUUUCAGAACAAACAUGCCGACAAAUGAUGAUUGGGCUUUUCCAGUUGUGAUUGGAGUGGCAUCAGUAAUCGUUACUGCAAUCAUAACUAGAUUUCUGCUGUUUCAGAAAAAGAAAAAGCCCCUGGUCACUUUGGAGGAUCCAAACACCAAGUACUCACUCAAACUCUCUGACAAAAAGGAAAUCAGCCCUAACACCAGGAAAUUCCGUUUUGAUCUGCCAACACCAGAACACAUUCUUGGACUCCCUGUUGGCCAGCACAUCGACUUGACCGCUCGCAUUGAUGGUCAGCUAAUUAUUCGGCCGUACACUCCAGUGUCCAGUGAUGACGACAAAGGCCACAUGGACCUUGUCAUCAAGAUUUAUUUUGCGAAUGUCCAUCCCAACUUCCCAGAGGGAGGUAAAAUGACUCAGUACCUUGAAGCGAUGUCUAUUGACGACUACAUUGAUGUGCGUGGGCCUAGUGGUCUCCUCAAAUACACCUCACCAGGAGAGUUCAAGAUUCGCCCUGACGAAAAGACUGAGGCAUCUACCUACACCGCCAAGAAAGUCGGGAUGAUUGCAGGCGGAACUGGUAUCACUCCAAUGUUACAGCUAAUAAGGCAGGUGUUCAAGGAUCCCAAGGACAAGACUGAGUUGUUUCUGCUCUUUGCCAACCAGACUGAGAAUGACAUCCUGUUGAGAACUGAACUUGAAGACAUCGCUACAAAACACCCAUCCCGCUUCCAUCUCUGGUACACUUUGGACAGACCUGAAGAUGGUUGGACAUACAGUAAGGGAUUUGUGAGUGCUGACAUGAUUAGAGACCACCUUCCUGGUCCAGAAGAAGGCACAAUGAUCCUCAUGUGUGGACCUCCUCCCAUGAUUAACUUUGCAUGUAUCCCAAAUCUGGAAAAUCUUGGCUACCCCCCAGAAAUGAGAUUUGCAUACUAAGUGUAAGAUGAUAGCAACCAAGCUGCAGUAGUAUGCACUGAAGAUGUCUACUCUAUGUUAAUUUGUUGAUUGUUGAUACUGGACUUCCAUCUGUUCAAGGGAAUCAUUGGUUUUUUAACACUAUUGACUCCAAUUUUCCUUCCUUAGAAAAUAGUCCUUUGUGGUAAAUUUGCUCUGAAGACUUUGAGUAAUUAUUUGUAAUUUUGGUUCAAAGUUAUUUUUUACGAUACUCAGUAUGCAAAAUGUCUUCCCUGAAAUCAGAGUGAAGUUUAAACUAAAGCUGAUUUUUUUUAUCUUAUUGCAUGACACACUUUGCGAUACAAUAUGGUAUGAAUUUCAGGAACAAUUUAAUACAUUUAGUAUUUCUGAUUAAGUGUCAGAUAAAAAGUGUUGGAUAUCAAGUUACCUUCUUUCUGUAAAAAAAAAAAAAAAAAAAGAAGGGAAAUGUUGUAGCGAAUUAAAUGUGAUGUCUGUUAUUAUAUGCUACAGUAGAAAAGUGCUAUUACAUACAAGAAUUGUCCAUAUCUUUGACUCAAACUUUUUUGUGACAAAAGAAAUAUAUAUUGUACAAAGAAAGAAAUGCAAUGUUCAAGCUUGGAAUUUGAUGAGAAAAUAAAAACUCAGAGUGAUAUUUAUUAUGAGAGUCUGUUAUCACUUUUUUUCUACACUUUGGUAUUCUGUAAUCGUGUUGAUGGGAUUUUUUAUAGCUUUUACAUAUCAAUCAUAUAUACUUCUGGAUAAAGCUGAAGGUACUAUAAUCCUAUAGAGACUCAUUAUGGACCGUCAUUUUCAUUUUCUUUAAAUGUCAACAGGAACAUGUUAUUAGAAAUUUCAAUAAUCAAGGAUUUUUUCAAUCAUAAAAUAAUAAAAUCAUAUACAUCCAUAUUGAUAUAGGUUGAUUUAAUUGAAUAUUUUUUGUACUUUUCUCUGUUCAGUGUGUUUGGCACAAGUACUUCAAAAGUGCAUUUCAUUUAGAUAUUUUUAUACUAUUAAAUAAGUCAUUUGUAAAAUGUAUAAAUACAUGUUAGAAUGAGGGAUGGUAUCUUCUAUAUAUAAAGAGUAUGUCUCUUUUCUGUGUGUGGAUAGAGAUGAGAAUGAAUGCUUAAUAACAGCCUAUACAUAUUGUACUAGAGUCUAUACUUAUGAAUUAAUAUGAAUAAACAUUUGCCUUGCUUUCA